AUGGCUCUAUUCACUGCGCAAAGCCUCAUCAUCAGCAACCUUUUCUUAGGUGUCGCUCAGGCAGAGACCAACAGCACAUCUAGCAAUACCACCAUGGUUGGAUGGGUAUCCCCCGCACCUCGGCGAAGUACCUGGGGUAUCAUCUGGAGCUGUCUCUCGAUUUUCAUCGUCUGCUCAUGGAAAUGCGUCCAUCUCAACAUCCCAACCCACGAAGAGAUUCAGGGCGAAUGGCAUACGUUGCAAAUCUGCAGCUGCCUGCCUGAUAUCUCUUUCUGGCCUAAAGCGCCCCUCAGACGCAAAUGGAGACGCAAGAUUAUCUGGAUGACAGUCAUUGCUCUUGUGCCCGAGUUUGGAGUUGCACUGGCUGCAAGGCAGUACUUGGAAGCCCGCCGGGAAUUAAAAGAGUUUACGAAAGCUCUUUCCCCUGAAGUUGCACAGAGAUACGCCAUGGCUCACGCCUUUUAUGUCCAGAUGGGUGGUGUUGUGAUUUACGGACCUCCGGCUCACCAGUCGUCAACAAUGGACGAGGAUUCUGCUACGAGUGUCCAGCCAGGCAAUGAAGUAAGCCAUGAUGGAGAUCAUACAGGCUACCAUGCCCUCGAAGCGAGCCAGGAAUCUAGUCCCACUGUGGAUGGAUCUCUUACAGCCUACAUGGCUGGAUCUCUGUGUAGGUCAAGGUGGUUUCUAUUUUCUUUCCCACAUAUUUCGUAUAUGCAGCCUGAUAUGUUUAGAACUUCCGAGUCUGAGAUCAAGGAUCUCAGCAAAGCUGAUGUUAUUACCAAGGCGUUUGCCAUCAUCCAGUGCACAUGGCUCAUCGUGCAAAGCAUUUGUCGAGUAGCACAAGGAUACACCAUAUCUCUGCUGGAGUUGGCAACCUUGGCAUUCAUCUUUUGUGCCUUUAUCAUGCACAUCUUCUGGUGGAAUAAGCCUUUUGACGUCGAAUCGAGACGAAUUGUAACAGCAGUAGGGCCCGAUAUCAAGAUCCCAGCUAAACUCAGCACUCUGUCAAUGGAUGAUUUGACGGUGUCUAACAAUGAACUCUUACGAGUAAGAGUAAGAGAUGCGUCUAUUGAAAUCAUCGAUGAUAUGGCCGAUCCGUUGAUAGCCAUCUUGUUCGACACCGCAUCUGCGACUUCUGGGGAAUAUUUCCCGGCCCUCUUGCUAUACAUCACAUCGACUGCGUUUAUUGCUAUUCAUUUAUCCGCCUGGAAUUGGGAAUUCCCAUCAACUGUGGUUAGAUCUCUCUGGAGAUGGUUUAAUGUUGGCACACUCGCGACUUCGUUAACACCCUUGCUACUAUCCGUCUUGAUUACCUUCCAACCUCAGGAAGGCACCCUCGAGCUUCUACAUAGAAUCAUAGGUACUUCGAUCUUGUUUAUAGCUGGAUUUACUUACGUUGUAUCAAGAUUAGUGGUUUUAGGGUUAACAUUUUAUUGUCUGUCGUCGAUGCCGGAGAGAGCAUAUGCUAGUUUGGAUUGGCUGGCAUGGGUCCCGCAUUUCUCAUAG